UCUACUUGGACAAAUAAAGGAAGUGCAUAGAUCUAAUUAAUGAAACACGAGGCCUAUCUGCCUUUUUGCCAUAUGUGGCAUCUAUGCUGCAGGUUCAUGUUUCCCCUGUUUUUAUUUCCAUGCAGUUUGCCAUCAUGGCCAGAAGUGUUUUAAAACUAGUGUCACUUGUCACUGGAGUAGGGGCCACUACUGGUUUAUACUUGCACAGCAACAAACAUCUGGAUCCCAAUGAUUUUGGAGUUGUUCGAAUAGGCAGAACUGUUGCCACAACAGCAGUGAUUACUUUUGACUACCUCACUUCUCUUCGAAAUUUUCCACGUGGGACAGAAGAGUAUGAAUAUGUCAAAUCACAGGUGCAUCUGCGUUCUGCAGAACGUCUCCGAGAUUUAUGCUGUGCCAACCGAGGUACCUUCAUCAAAGUAGGACAGCAUCUGGGGGCUCUUGAUUACCUCUUGCCUGAGGAAUAUACCCACACCCUCAAGAUUUUGCACAGCCAAGCUCCUCAGAGCAGCAGGCAGGAAAUCGAGCAAGUGAUCCAGGAGGACCUAGGCAAAGGGAUCAAUGAAUUGUUUGCCAGUUUUGAAGAAGUUCCAUUGGGGGCAGCAUCGUUGGCCCAAGUCCACAAGGCUGUGCUACAAGAUGGGAGGACAGUUGCUGUGAAGGUUCAACAUCCUAAGGUCCAAGCACAGAGUUCUAAGGAUAUUCUACUCAUGGAGAUCCUUGUCUUGGUUGUGAAGCAAAUAUUCCCAGACUUUGAGUUUAUGUGGUUAGUGGAUGAAGCUAAGAAGAACUUGCCUGUUGAACUUGAUUUCCUUAAUGAGGGAAAGAAUGCAGAGAAAGUAGCCUACAUGCUCAGAUGCUUUGAUUUCCUAAAGGUUCCAAAAAUUUAUUGGGAGCUUUCAACAAGACGUGUUCUUUUCAUGGAGUUCAUGGAAGGUGGACAAGUGAAUGACAAGGACUACAUGGACAGAAACUGCAUCAAUGUCAGUGAGAUCUCUCGCAACCUGGGAAAGAUUUACAGUGAAAUGAUCUUUGUGAAUGGCUUUGUGCAUUGUGAUCCACAUCCUGGCAAUGUCUUGGUGAGGAAGUGUCCAGCUACAGGCAAGUCACACAUUAUACUUCUGGACCAUGGACUCUAUCAGGUCCUGACAGACAGCUUCCGCUUGGAUUACUGCCGACUUUGGCAAGCAUUGAUCAAGGCAGAUAUAAAGCAGAUAAAAAAAUACAGCCAGGACCUGGGAGCAGGGGAUCUGUACCCCCUAUUUGCUUGCAUGCUUACUGCACGUUCCUGGGAAUCAGUCAACAAAGGCAUUGAUCGUUUGCCCGUCACAAGUAACGAGGAUGUAGAAAUCCGGACCAAUGCUGCUACUUACUUACCUCAGAUCACUAAGCUUCUCAGCAACGUUCCUCGUCAGAUGCUGCUGCUGCUGAAGACCAACGAUUUGCUAAGGGGGAUUGAAUCUGCCCUGCAGACACGGGCUAAUGCCAGCUCCUUCCUUAACAUGUCUCGCUGCUGCAUACGAGCUGUUGCUACGUAUCAAAGGAGCAAGAGUAACUCGCUGUUCAGAAAGACCCAGAUAUCCCUUUCUGAGGCCUUGAGCUUGUGGCAGAUCAACAUGUAUGAACUGUUUCUAUGGCUGAAAAUAUCCCAGCUGGGAAACUGGGUUAUUGCUUUCUUGAAGCGGAUGCACUGUUUUAAGUAGCAGAAUAAUGUGUAUUGGUAAAGCUGGCCUUGAUUUCGUCUUGCCUUUCCCAAUGGCAGCAUUCACUUCUUAUUUAUUUUUCCUAUAGCAGUGAUGGCAAACCUUUUUUGGCUCACGUUCCAUAAGUGGGGGAAAUGCAGGGGGGGUCAUGUGCAUGUGUGCCGCACCCAUAAUGAAAUAUGCAACGCCCCAGUGCGCAUAUGCACACUACAGGCUCUCCCCCCCCAUUUUUUGCAUGUUUUUUCACCCUUCCCAGGCUCCAGAGGCUUUAUAGCAGCCUGGGGAGGGCAAA